UUCUUCUUUACUUCAUUUCUAACUUCAUUUUAAUUUAGUUUCCUGGUUCUUUCUUUCAUGUCUUCCUUGUGCCAUUGAUGAGUCCGUCAACACCAAAUCGAGAGUAGUGCAAGACUUUUCUCACACUGUUUGUUCAUAAAACCGCGUGAGAACUGUUCUUCCUUCUCAGAUCUUAAAAAAAAUAUCCGUAAUUUUUCCCGCAUUUUCUCUCUCUCUCUCUCUCUCUCUUCAUCUUUCUCUUAUAAGCUUCUCCAAGCGUACAAGCUACUUCUUCUUCUUCUUCUUCUUCCAUAAAACUCAAAAGUAAAACAAAACCCUAAAACCCAAAACACUCUUCACCUCUAUAAAAAUACAACCUUUUUUUCAGGUCUUGUCUGUUUCAAGAGAGUUCAAUCGCAAUUUCACAGAUUCACAAAUUUUUAAGCAAUUUUAAGAAAAGAGAGAAUGAUGGGAGGGAAAGGUAGCAAGAGCAAGAAAGAUGUUGAGUUUGGUUCACCGUCUACACCUGUACAGAUCAAGAUAAACUCAGAGUACACUGAGCAUUUCAGCUCUUACGAAAAAGCUUGUAGUGAAGAUCCAAAUCUUGAGUCUUUCGACUCUGCGCUUCACGAACGAACUAACCGAGUCAUCAACAAGCUUGCAUCAGGAGUAGAGAUAAAGUCUUUGUCGUUUGAUUCGCUUAAAGAAGUGACGCAAUGCCUUUUGGAUAUGAAUCAAGAUGUGGUCAAAGUUAUAUUGCAGGACAAAGAGGAUAUAUGGAACAAUCAAGAUUUGUUCUCUCUUGUGAAUAUGUAUUUUGACAGCACUUUAAAGACUAUGGACUUCUGUUCUGAGCUUGAGAAUUGUCUUAACCGGGCGAGGAGGAGCCAAGUUGUUAUUCAGUUUGCUGUUAAGCAGUUUGAGGAAGAGGCUGAGAUACAGGUUAAUGGGGAUAACGAGAACAGAAAGUAUGAGAAGACACUUGAUGAGCUUAAGAGGUUUAAAGAUUUGGGUGAGCCGUUUACGAAAAAGUUCUUUGAGCUUUUCGAUUUGGUAUACAAGAAACAGGUUCUGAUGCUUGAUGAGCUUCAUAAGUUAAAGAAAAAACUCGAUAGGAGACUUGGGAAUAUCAAGUCAUGGCGAAGAGUAUCGAACAUGGUGUUUGUGACUGCGUUUGUUUCUGUGCUUAUUUUCUCUGUGGUAGCAGCCGCUGUGGCUGCACCACCUGUUGUGGCAGCUAUAGCUGGUGCAUUGGCUGUUCCGGUAGGGUCUCUUGGGAAAUGGUGUAACACUCUGUGGACAAAAUAUGAGAAAGUGGUUAAAGGGCAGAAGGAGAUCAUUACAUCGAUUAGAAUCGGGACUUUCAUAUCGGUUAAGGAGAUGGAUAAUAUAAGUGUCCUUGUGCGUAAAGUGGAAGUAGAGAUUGAAUCUUUGUUGAAGAAAGCUGAGUUUGCUGUGACAGAGGAGAGAGUGGUGAGGAUUGCGAUAGAUGAGAUCAAGAAGAAGCUUGAUGUGUUUACUGAUACUAUUGAAGAACUUGGGAAACAUGCGGAUAAGUAUUGUAGCGAUGUGACGAAGGCAAGAACCGUGAUUCUGCAGAGGAUUAUCCGAUACCCGACUGGUACAACGACUGAAGAAGCUACCUGGACGGAGAUGUUGUCGUGAGAAGGCGGAUUCGGACUCGUGUUUGGCUGAAGAUUGUUGGUUUGUUUUCUUUAGCACAAGUAAUAUGAAAAGCUAAAGGAUAUCUUAAUGUUAUUAGUUGCCUUGAGGUAACCCUUUGCUCAAUACAUUAAUUUAAAGAGACACUUGUAAGGUUUUAUGCCAUUUAUUUUGGCUUCCUUUUAAGAUAUGAAACAAUCUUGUAUGUUUAUAAUUGAAUGUCUCUGUGUUUUCUAGUCAA